AUGAGGGUGAGAGCAGCUUGUGCAAGUGAAAAAUGUCCUUGGCUAAUUUUUACAAGCUGGAACAGUUCAAAAGGUUGCUUUCAGGUCAAAACCCUUUACAAUAAACACAAUUAUGGAAGGGAUUUUGGUAGCAACUUGGCUGACAGAGCAUGGGUCACUGAUAAGUUAGUUAAGAAGCUCUUCACAGAGCCUGGCCUAAAGCUAGGUACAACCAGGGAUCAUAUCAUAGAUGAAUACAAUGUGAAGGUGAACAUUAGAAUAGUAGCUAGAGCAUUGAAGGUUGCGAGAGAGGUUGUCAUUGGGAGUGAAAAUGCACAGUAUGAAAAGACACGGGAUUACCUGAUGGAAUUGCACAGAAGUAACCCAAGAUCAACUGCCUUGAUGGAAGUAAUUCCCCAACCUAAAUCCCUGCCACUAUUCGAUAGGUUAUACAUUAGUUUGGAUGCCUGUAAGAAGGGGUUUAAGGAGGGAUGUAGGCCACUAAUAGGGUUGGAUGGCUGCUUCUUGAAGGGACGUUAUGGUGGCCAGCUUCUAAGUGCAAUGGGUCAGGACGCAAAUAACCACUUCUAUGUCAUUGCAUAUGCAGUGGUCCCGAAUGAAUGCAAGGAAACAUGGAAGUGGUUCUUAACUUUACUGAAAGAAAACUUGGGUGAAGUUCCACAACAUGGUUGGAACUUUAUUUCCGAUCAACAAAAAGGUUUGGAACUGGCAAUGAAGGAAGUUAACCCUAUUGCUCAUCACCGAAACUGUGUUCUUCAUAUUUGGAAGAACUUUAUAAAACAUUUCAAAGAUGAACAAACAAAGCAGAUGGUAUGGGAGUGCUCUCGUUGUACAAUAAUUCAAGAAUUAAGAAGUGCAAUGGAGAAAUUAAAGAAUCUGAAUGAGGGAGCCUGGGAGUAUAUGCAGAGGUUUGACCCGGGUGUGUGGUGCAAGGCUUACUUCAGCCAUGGGCCCAAGGUUGAUAACAUAACAAACAAUAUGUGUGAGGUGUGGAACACAAAAAUUGUUGAAUAUAGAAAGAAGCCAAUUCUGUCAAUGUGUGAAGACUUGAGGUAUUACAUCAUGAGGAAAAGGGCUAUGCACAAGAAGAGACUGGAGCACCACCCUGGUAUGUUGGCCCCUGUGCAGCAGAAGAAGCUUGAUCAGUUUAUCAAGCCCAAGAGUACAAAGUGGAGAGCAACUUGGGCUGGUGAUUCUGAUAGAGUACUGUUUGAGGUUCAUAUGCAAAAGCACAAAGUUGGAGUAAACUUACAAAGCAAGACAUGUACUUGCAAUGUGUGGCAGCUAACUGGCAUGCCUUGCAGACAUGCGGUUGCAGCCAUGGCUAAGAUGGGGUUGAAGCCAGAAGACUUUGUGCAUAAAUGGCUCACUGUGGAUGCUGUGAGAGCAGCCUACUCUGUCUGCAUUAAUCCAGUUAACAGUAAAAAAUACUGGAACCCAACUGAUUCACCAUAG